AUGAGACUUGAAAACUGGAUAGAAUUUGUGACUCAAGACGAUGUGCUCUUUCCUCACCUUACAGUGAGGGAAACAUUAACAUAUGCAGCACUCCUACGACUUCCAAAGACAUUGACAAAACAGGAAAAGGAAAAACAAGCCAUAAACGUAAUCGACGAGUUGGGCUUGGAGAGGUGCCAAGACACUACGAUCGGUAGCUCUUUUGUUCGGGGAGUUACAGAAGGAGAGAGGAAGCGUGUCUGUAUUGGCAAUGAGAUUAUAAUCAACCCUUCUCUUUUGUUUCUUGAUGAACCAACAUCUGGCCUGGAUUCUACAACUGCUCUGAGGAUCGUUCAAAUCUUACAAGACAUAGCUGAGGGAAGAAAUGACUUUGAGAUAUAUGACUCAGAGAGAACAGUGGGUCACACAGGUCAGAAAUUUUUUGGAGAGAUGCAAAAUAUGGUCCAAGAAUUAAAGAACUUCGUUUUUUUAAGCUUUUUCAUUUUUUAAUAUAU